UGCCUCCAGCAGUGGAAGUUCGAAAGACGUCUCUAUGCAGCGGGGAGAGAGUAGCACGGAAGCUUCUCCGAAAUAACAUCUGCCUGGGCGAAUGGGCAGCAGUCAAGGUCGUCCAGCUCAGAAGGCGGAAGUAGCAGACACAGUAGAAGAAGUGAGGGUGGAAGACCAGGAAAAUGCCAGAGCCUCAGAUGCCGCUGUAGAGCUGUGCCCAAGUGUCUCGGAUGCAACCACACAGCCUUGUCCACGUGCCUCGGAAGCUGCUGUAGGGCUGCGUCCGGAUGCCUCGGUUGCCACCAGAGAGCUUCGUCCAAGUGCCCCGGAUGUGGCCGUACAGCCUUGUCCAAGUGCCCCAGAUGCCGCUGUAGAGCUGUGUCCAAGUGUGUCGGAUGCCACCACACAGCCUUGUCCACAUGCCUCGGAAGCUGCCGCAGGGCUGCGUCCGGAUACCUCGGAUGCCACCAGAGAGCCGUGUCCAGGUGCCCCGGAUGCAGCCUUAGAGCCUUGUCCAAGUGCCUCGGAUGUUGCCAUAGACCCUUGUCCAUGUGCCUCGGUCGCCACUGAAGACCAGUGUCCUGAUGCCCACGCUGUGGCGCCGCAGGCAGCCGCGGGCGACCCGCAACGCCCGUUCCGCCGCCGCUGGGCCAAGGUGCAGCUGUACACGCACGCGCUGUGCGGCAUGGGCGUGGCGGGCGCGGCCGCGUCUAUCAGCCUUCCCAUGAUCCUGCACUGCGUCAGCUCACAGCUGCUCAAGCACUGGUGCCUCACCGUGCGCUUCUUCGACGAGAAAGACCGCGACCGGAUCUGGCUCUGCGACUUCGCCAACUCCCUCAGCUUCAAGCUGGCCAGCGCAGGAGCCUGGCAUCCGCGGAAAGGCGAACGCAUUAACUACAUGGCGCGUCCAGUCAGCAAGCAAGCGCUGCGGAAGGGUAAGAUGAUGGAGCGCAAGUUCUAUCUGGGCACCAUACAGAUCUCGGAGUACGAGCUGCAGGCCAUCUGCAGCACCAUGAGGCACAACGGCAAGAAGUACCACCCGCUAGCCAGGAACUGCCAGGACUGCUCCAAGGACCUCUGCCGCCGCCUCGGCCUCUCGCCGGGUGUGGCCAACGACCACCUGCUGGUCUUCCUCUGUCCGCCACUGGCGCUCCUGAUAGAGCUCCUCAGUUCCUCCUACAAUGCGGCCACUAAAUUCGCAGCGUCCAAAAGCACGAAUGCAUUCCAACAAGAAGAAAUGUAACAGUUCCUUACCUGGCGCAACGGGGUUCGUGAUUCUUGCGUAAAUAAUAUUAUGUUAAAACCUAUAUCACGUAUUGUCACAAUGUUCUGAGGAUGAAUACAUUUUCUAUAGUAAACUCAGGUAUUACUGAAGAGGAUUUCUAACUUGAAGCUUAGCAUUUGUUUUAAGUGGAACGUAAAACCCACAGGUCAGCUUCUCGCUUGUAGAGCUCUACCUGUUGAGCAAUCUGGAUCUGGCUGAAGGGGACCUGCUAAGUUUCAGUUCUACAUUCCGGAAUUCCAAAGAUUCUCAUUAGUUGACCAAACCUAACGCUGAUAAUAAUUAGUCAGUCUGUUAGUGACAAAGAGAGAGGGAUCUAACACAACGUGCAAAAAACUUUUUUUUGUGGACUCAUAAAUGUUUAAUUUGUACUCUUUUUCUUAAAAAAUAUGAACUGUAACUUGUAAUUUUGCUUCACUUCUUUGCCAUUUAUUUAAAAUUCAGGAAAGGUUAUGAAAAAAUGAUGUACGUUUGUUACCCAUACUUCACAUAUCAUGAACAAUUUGGGGCACACUAGUCUUUAAAAAGAAGGCUUUGAAGCUGCCUAAAAGUUAUCGAGGUUCAUAGUUCAUUUGUACAUCCACCUGUAACUUCCCUGCCUGGAUAGUUUACUGGUCGGAUAUUUAUCACCUAGCUUCAAGUGAGGCUCUAAAUACAAUGUUUCUGUAAAAUGUGUAAAGUUCCUCUUGGUGUGAACAUCUUUGAAUAGUAAG